GAUGAGACACGUAAGCAUGGAUAAUCUGAGAGACACAACACACAAGUCUGAAGCAUUGCAUUAACAAGUGAACAUGGUGGUGAGAGUGAUAGGUCAAGACCUUGUUCUUCCCCUUCAAGUCAACAACACUUCCUCAAACCCUAACCUUCAUUCCAAUUCUUUCUCCUUCUUCUUCUCUUCCAUGCGCUCUUCGACCUUCACCCUCUUUCGCUCUCUCUCCGUCUCUCUCCACAAUCGCUGCCACGCCACGCUCCCUUCUCCUCUCUUCCCUGGUCCCCGCCGCUUCACGCGCCUCGCCGUCGGUGUCGACCACCCGGUUCGCGGCGCCGAAGAAGCAGGCCUUUCGGACAACGAGGUUUACCGGUCAUCGUCGGCUACGGUGGCAGCGGAGGCGGAGUUGAAGCAGCUCCGUGGACCGGAGGUGGAGGUGGUGGAUCUGAGCGAGGUGCCGGAGGAGUGGCGGAGGGCUAGGGUGGCGUGGCUGUGCAAGGAGCUUCCGGCGCAUAAGGCUGGGACUCUUGUGAGGAUUAUGAACGCGCAGAAGAAGUGGAUGAGGCAAGAAGACGCCACCUACAUCCUCAUGCAUUGCUUGCGGGUUCGCGAAAACGAAACUGCCUUCAGAGUAUACAAGUGGAUGAUGCAAAGAAAUUGGUAUCGAUUUGAUUUUGCUCUUGCUACCAAGCUAGCAGAUUGUAUGGGCAAAGAACGAAAGUUUUCAAAGUGCCGUGAGGUAUUUGAUGAUAUUAUCAAUCAAGGCCGUGUUCCGAGUGAAUCAACAUUCCAUAUAUUAGUUGUUGCUUAUCUUAGUGCUCCUGUUCAAGGUUGUUUGGAUGAAGCAUGCACCAUUUAUAAUCGUAUGAUUCAGUUGGGUGGUUACCAGCCUCGGCGUAGCUUGCAUAAUUCUCUCUUCAAAGCUCUUGUAAGCAAACCAGGGAUCUUGUCAAAGCAUUACCUUAAGCAAGCUGAGUUUAUUUAUCAUCAAUUGGUUACAACUGGAAUUGAUGUGCAUAAAGAUAUUUAUGGGGGGCUUAUUUGGCUGCAUAGCUAUCAAGAUUCCAUAGAUAAAGAAAGGAUAGCAGCAUUGAGGGAAGAGAUGCUACGUGCUGGACUUGAGGAGGGUAGAGAGGUGCUAGUAUCAAUAUUGAGGGCUUGUGCAAGGGAAGGUGAGGUGGAUGAAGCAGAGAAAACUUGGUUCAAACUUCUCAAGUUAGAAGGUGAUCCCCCAGCUCAGGCUUUUGUGUAUAAAAUGGAAGUCUACUCAAAGGUUGGCAUGCCUAUGAAAUCAUUGGAGAUAUUUAGGGAAAUCCAGUUGAAACAUGGUAAAAUAAAUGUUGCAGCAUAUAAUCAAAUAAUAGAGAUACUAUGCAAAGAACAAGAAUCAGAAAUUGCUGAAUCAAUCAUGGAAGAUUUUGUCAAGAGUGGUCUCAAGCCCCUCACACCAUCAUAUGUUUAUUUACUAAACAUGUACUUCAAUUUGGAAUUACAUGAUAAAUUGGAAGAGGCAUUCUCCCAAUGCCUGGAGAACUGUCGUCCUAACUGUACUAUAUACAGUAUAUAUCUGAAUUCUUUGGUGAAAAUAGGUAAUAUUGACAAGGCCGAGGAUGUAUUUAACCAAAUGGUUCGUGAUGCAACUAUUGGUGUUAAUGCCCGAUCGUGUAACAUCAUCUUAAGUGGAUACUUGUCUUUGGGAAAUCACUUAAAGGCAGAGAAGAUCUAUGACUUUAUGUGUCAAAAAAAGUAUGAAAUUGAAUCCCCAUUAAUGGAAAAGCUUGACUAUAUCCUGAGCUUGAAAAGGAAAAUUAUUAAAAAACCAAUAAGCCUUAAGCUAAGCAAGGAGCAGAGAGAAAUCUUAAUUGGGUUGCUUUUAGGUGGAUUGCGGAUUGAUUCUGAUGACCGAAGGAAGAAUCACAUUAUCCGUUUUGAUUUUGAUGGCAAUUCCAGCAGCCAUUAUGUCCUAAAGAGUCACAUAUAUCGCCAGUUUUAUGAGUGGCUGCAUCCUACUUGUAAGUCCAGUGAUGACAGUGAGAACAUACCAGAUAAGUUUUGCACCAUUGCAAGCUCUCAUUUUGGCUUUUAUGCAGAUCAGUUUUGGUCAAAAGGUGAACCUACAAUUCCUAAACUGGUUCAUCGGUGGAUGUCAUCUUGUGUUCUUGCAUACUGGUACAUGUAUGGGGGCCAUCGAAAUUCAUCAGGAGAUAUUUUGCUGAAGGUAAAGGGAAGCCCUGAGGGUGUUGAGAACAUUGUCAAAAAGUUUAAAGCAAUGUCCAUGGAUUGUAAAGUGAAGAGGAAAGGAAGGGUAUUUUGGAUUGGUAUAUUGGGAAGCAAUUCGUCUUGGUUCUGGAAAUUGGUUGAGCCAUAUAUUAUAGAAGAUAAAGAUUUUCAUGAAGCGAGUGAUCAGAUGAUGGACCAAGAUUCAAUGGAAACUCAAGGCAUCAACUUCAAUAGCGAUUCAGAUGAAUGAAAAAGGAUGAUGCUACAUUAAUGAUCAUGGUUUGGAUAAGGUUUUUUAGGAGUUUUCCUGGCCAGAUUGUGCUUUCACACAUGUGCUAGCUAGAACUUGUUUGAUUUCUGUGCUUCCAAUGAUUCAUUUUACAGAAGCGACUUCUAUGUUGCAAAUUGCAAUAUGAAGGUUUUCUUCAAUAUUUUGGUAACCAUCCUCUGAAAUAUCCUAGUUGUAUAUUCCUAAUUUCCGAUGCAUAGAGAAUUAGAUAGUAGGGACCUUACUUUAUAUCUUGUAUCUGCUAAAGGAAUUGAAAGCUGUUAUUCUUCAUAUUAUGUUCAUCUUUUUAGCAUUGCUUGGAAUGUUUCAUAGUUCUUCUAUUCAACAUUUUAAUUCUUUAAAUGGGUACUGCAAAAUACCCUCUACAGCAAGUGAUGUUACUUACCAAUCUGAAAUGAAAGCCAGUAUAAUAUGUUUCAGAGGAAAGAAAAUGAGAAAAAAAAAAAAAGACAUUGAAGUUUGAAUUGAAGAUAAAAUGAGAGGAGAGAAAAAAUAAAUAUAGUUAUAUGGCUUACUUGACACUGUUAGAUUUGGUCAAAAAAAAAAGUUAAAUUCUUAAAAUAUUAUUUACUAUUAGAAUUUUUUGUAUUGCUUAAAUGAAGAGAAAAAAUGAAUGAUUUUUUCUUCAUGUUUGGUCAGAAAAAUAAGAGAAAAUAUAAUUAUGCUAAAUGAUUAUGUUAUUUUAUUUUUAACGUAAUGGUAGAUAUGAAUAAAUUUGUUAUUUUUAACCAUUUCAUUUCCUCUUCAGGGGAGAAA